GUCAGAUGAACCCACAUAAACCGGUCGGACCGAAGCGAGUGAUGAUGUCUUCCCCGUGCAUGUCUUCUCACAACUUCAUCCCUUGAAACGUAUCCUGUCGGGAAAAUUCUGCUGUUACGCUCAGACAUUUGGUGAUAAUGAAGAAAUAAAGAACUAAAUAACCACUUAACCUUCACAGACUUUUUUAAUCCCCCUGGGUUGUUGAACGCCCACUCUCCCCUUGAACUCAGAGUUCUUUACAAGGUGACUCUCACCGGCUGCAGGCACUGCCUUUAAAAUCCACCCGCCAAGACUUUUAAAAAAACAACAACAAAAAAGACGUUCCACCCUCCCUGCCCGUGUUUGCUUUAUCAAAUGCCCAAAAACAGCAAGGCCGUCAAGAGAGAGCUUGACGACGAUGUCACGGAGUCUGUCAGGGACCUGCUUUCCAAUGAGGACGCCUGCGACGAUUCUUUCAAGAAGAGCUCGUUGAUUGUCGACAGCCCCGAAGGCGAAGGCAAGGAGUGCGAUGUGGAGGAAGGGGCCUCGGACGGUGAGGAGGAGGAGCGCCCGGCCUGGAACAGCAAGCUCCAGUACAUCCUGGCCCAGGUUGGCUUCUCUGUAGGCCUGGGCAACGUGUGGCGGUUCCCCUACCUGUGUCAGAAGAACGGAGGCGGGGCGUACCUGGUGCCCUAUCUGAUCCUGCUCAUCCUGAUUGGCAUCCCGCUGUUCUUCCUGGAGCUCGCCGUGGGCCAGCGAAUCCGCAGGGGCAGCAUCGGCGUGUGGAACUACAUCAGCCCCCGGCUGGGGGGCAUCGGCUUUGCCAGCUGCGUGGUGUGCUUCUUUGUGGCUCUCUACUACAAUGUCAUCAUCAGCUGGAGUCUGUUCUACUUCUCCCAGUCCUUCCAGCAGCCGCUGCCAUGGCAUGAAUGCCCGCUUGUCAAGAACAAAACCAGUACAUAUGUGGUGCCAGAGUGUGAGAAGAGCUCAGCCACCACUUAUUACUGGUACCGUGAGGCCCUGGACAUCUCCAACAGCAUCUCUGAGGGCGGAGGACUCAACUGGAAGAUGACAGUGUGCCUGCUGGCCGCCUGGUCCAUGGUGUGCCUCGCCAUGAUCAAGGGAAUCCAGUCUUCAGGGAAGGUGAUGUACUUCAGCUCCUUGUUUCCCUACGUCGUCCUGAUCUGCUUCCUGGUUCGGGCGCUGCUGCUGAAGGGCUCCAUCGACGGGAUUCGACACAUGUUCACGCCCAAGCUGGAGAUCAUGCUGGAGGCCAAGGUGUGGCGGGAGGCGGCCACGCAGGUCUUCUUCGCUCUGGGCCUCGGCUUCGGCGGCGUGAUCGCCUUCUCCAGCUACAACAAGCGCGACAACAACUGCCACUUCGACGCCGUCCUGGUGUCCUUCAUCAACUUCUUCACCUCGGUGCUGGCCACCCUGGUGGUGUUCGCCGUGCUGGGCUUCAAAGCCAACAUCAUGAACAGCAAAUGUGUUGCUCUAAACACUAAUAAGAUUGUGGCGCUGCUGGGGAGCGACAUUGAAUGGAGCCUCAUUCCCCACCACAUCAACCUGACACAGGUCAGUCAGGUCACUGCUGAAGAUUACCAUCAGAUGAUACAGAUCAUCAAGGGGGUGAAGGAGGACGAGUACCCCAAACUGGGGCUGCAGUCCUGCAGUAUUGAAGACGAGCUCAAUCAGGCUGUCCAAGGCACAGGCCUGGCCUUCAUCGCCUUCACAGAGGCCAUGACCCACUUCCCGGCCUCGCCUUUCUGGUCCGUCAUGUUCUUCCUCAUGCUGAUCAACCUGGGCCUGGGCAGCAUGUUCGGCACCAUCGAGGGCAUCCUCACCCCGCUGAUCGACACGUUCAAAGUCCGCAAGGAGUUUCUUACAGUGGGAUGCUGCGUGUUGGCCUUCUCCAUCGGCCUCCUGUUCGUUCAGCGCUCAGGGAACUACUUUGUGACCAUGUUCGACGACUACUCCGCCACGCUGCCUCUGCUCAUCGUCGUGGUGCUGGAGAACGUGGCCAUCGCUUGGUUCUACGGGAUCGACAAAUUCUUUGAAGACCUGAGGGACAUGCUGGGCUUCACUCCGUACCGCUUCUACUACUACAUGUGGAAGUACAUCACGCCCAUCCUGCUGCUGCUCCUGCUCUGCGCCAGCUUCAUCCAGCUGACCAUGACGCCUCCCAGCUACAGCGCCUGGAUACAGGAAGAGGCCGUAGAGAAGACCCUCCACUUCCCUCCCUGGGGCAUCGCGGUUUGCAUCUCUCUGGUGGUGAUGGCCAUGAUGCCCGUACCCGUGGUCUUCUGCCUGCGCUACUUCAACAUCAUCGACGAGAACACCAGCGGCCUCUCCACCGUCUCCUACAAGAAGGGCCGUGUCAUCAAGGAGAGCCCCCGGCCGGAGGACGACGACGACGCCAGCCUGAUCCACGGCAAGACCCCCAGCGAGGCGCCCUCACCGAUGCCCGGGAAAAGCAUCUACCGCAAGCAGAGCGGUGGCGGCGGCACAGAGGUGGACACGGCUCCCAACGGCCGCUACGGGAUCGGUUACCUGAUGGCGGACAUGCCAGAUAUUCCCGAGUCGGACUUGUAGACUGACUGCGAUAGUUAGCCCCGCCCCGGCCAUUUCUCUCCUCCACCCUUCUGCGUGCGUUUAGUCAGCCAUCGUCAUUGUUGUACAUUGUUACUGCACUGUAUAUUCUUUGUAGAUAUAUGGUAGCUGCUCUGUUGUUUGUUGUCUCUGAACCUUAUGUGACUGUUAGCCUAAAAACAAACAACGGUUUUGGAAGAGAGAUUAUUCUCGUCCACCUUAUUUGCUUGAAUUCACCCCUGAACUCUGACCCUCUUCAGUUUUGGCCCCUUUUAGUGAACCUGUAGAGCUCAGAGUCCUGAAGGUCUUUUGGGGGUUUAGGCUUGUUUGCAGCAAUACCCCUGCUGUAUGAAAAGGUUGUCUACAUUUAAGUCCCUAUAUUAAAGUAUUGAGGUUCGUCCCAGUGUGUGUAUACACUAUGGAUGAUGUAAAGACACAAGAAGGAACAUGUUAUUAUUUCUGGCCAAAGUUCUCAUCAGCAUUGUUAAAACAGUGAGAGGACGGCGCUUGUAUUCCACUCCUAUGAUUGUCUGUGACUGAAGUGUGCCUAAGUCAUUUAUAUUUGUUUAUAGAAUACAUGGCUGAACAUUUGAGGUAUUCUGUAAAUACAAUAUAAAUAUUAUAAAUAUAUUUAUCCUGAUAGUUUGGAUAUCAGAGCAGUGUUUUUAAGGUUCAGAGGUACUUAACUCUCAUGUCUUUGUUUUUUUACUAAUGUUCUGUCAGUGUUGGUGAGGACUGCGUCCUCUUUGUAAAUAUUUUUUUCAUGAAAUGCUUAAAUUGCGAUGUCUCUUCCCCCCCUCCUCCAGUUCAAGAAUAAAAGUGGAAAACAAUCCAUACUUUGACACUUA